UUGAAGUUUUUAACGUUGCUCAUUUGCUAAAACAUUUUACUCAUAACAAGUAGUUUUCAAUUAAUACUUUAUUAUGAUCGAUUUAAAACUCGUUUUGUAUUUUGUCUUUGUGAUUUUCACAAUCCUACGCUCGGGCGUUGUAGUCAGUGGUACCAGUUCGAGUGAUGAUACGGAAGCGACAACAAUUAAUGAACCUAUUAGCCUAUCCCAAUCCGAAUUGUACAACAAAUCCAGCAACGACAUGUCAGCAAGAGGUAACAAUACAACAUUUAGUGGUGCCGGUAGUGGAGCCAUAUCAUCAAGUCGGUACAUGGCAGCUAGUAGUAACAAUGCAAAUGGAGAAAUGGAAGCGACAGUUGGUGGUGCCGAUGGCGAAGACGAACCAAAAGAGGAGGACAUGCGUUUCAUCCACCAAGCCUGCAAAGACUUGUCUGGUUGUCUAAAGGAAAAAGGAUUAUAUCAAUUGUCCACCUUGUUUGUGUUGGUCGUCACGAUAUUUCCGGUGACAUACGAACUGUGUUUGGAUAAGACACUAGAAACCUUGGAUGCAGAAAAAUUGAAAUGGAUAACAACUCUUUGCCCUAAUAAUAUGACUGACGAUGACAUAAAGUUAACGAAAACCCGACAAAACUGUCGAGAUCUUGCAAAGUAUUGUUUUACUGAAUAUGUAAAGGAUAUCUUAUAUCCCGGAUGUCUAAUAGGUUUACAUUUAAAUAUAAACUAUACUUUAAAAUGUACAGCAUAAAAUGUUUCAAGAAUAUUCGUUAGGUUUUGACGUUG